UUGGUUCUAAGUUGUAACCUGCAAGGAAACUACUUCUUUCGUAGCCUAAUGCCCAAGCACUCUCUUCCUAACCGUCGGAUCAUUGUAAUUCCUCCUUCGUCAUAAACUCAACUAGCCCCCUUAUGUGUACCCAAAUUCAACGCUUUUUCCCAAAAUUUUCCUUUCUUUCUCAAAAUUCACUUCAUCGAUUCUUGCAGCUCUGCUCUUCCUCUAUCCUUUUAUUUUUUUAGAAACUGAUUCAAAUCAAAGUCGCCUAUCAUGAGAUUCAAGAAAGGUUGCAAAGUUGAGGUAUUUACCAAGAAGGACGUUCCAACCGGUGCGUGGCGCUGCGCCGAGAUUAUCUCCGGCAACGGCCACACUUACAGCGUCAGGUACGGUUGGUUUCCGAUUACCGCCGAGCCUGCUGCGGUGGACAGAGUCCCUCGGAAAGCGAUUAGGCCUUGCCCUCCUCCGGUGAACGGGACUGAUGAUUGGGUUUCUGGGGAUGUUGUGGAGGUGUUCGACGAAUUGUGUUGGAAAACGGCGGUGAUUGUUAGGGUUCUCGGUGGAAACAACUUUUCUGUUAGGAUUCUUGGAUCGAAUAGCGAACUCAAAGCACAUAAAUCCCGGUUGCGUGUUCGACAAUCUUGGGAAGAUGGCAACUGGUUCCUCGUUGGAAAGGGUUCUUCAAAUUCAUCUGGACCGCCAAAGAGAAAAAGAUCGCUGCUUGGCUUCCAGGAUGUUGGUGGAUUGAAGAAGAGGGUGAUUGAAAAAGGUAGUAUUGGUGGUCCAAGACUAGUAAUUCGGCUUCCUUCGCCAGCCUCUGAAAAGGUAGAUAUAUUUGUUUCCCCCAAAAGUAUAGUGGGUGAAAGAUAUAUGCCUUCUUCCUUCCAUAGAAUUGAUGAUACCAUGAGUUGCAGGUCCUCUGUGGGUAGUUGUAGUGGUUUAGGGAAAAAUGGUCGUAACUUGUCUCCUACUUCUGUAGCAAACGGUUGUGAAAACUUAGAGGAAUAUUGUAGUGAUGCUGACUCAUAUUCUGAAUGGAGAUGUAGAGAAGGAGGAAGUUCUGUUUCCACUAGCAUAGAAUUGGGAAUGGAUUUCCACAGCUCGGCGCUGCAUGCUGAUCAGCAAGCUCUUAGGGCACGGCACACUUAUGGGCCGUUGACUUGGGAAGAAGAAGGAAAGUAUAUGGAAUUUAUGUUGAGGAAUGUCUUGAUGCUUUCUCAGAAAAUCUCAUGGCCAAUGUUGGAGGCAUCCAUACCUUGCUUCUAAAGCCAUGAUGGAGUUAAGUUUGUCAUCUCUUGCAGUUGACCAAGGGGCAACAUUCAUGGUUUAUUCCCUAAGGGAUCCCUUAAGCCUUGCUGUUGGUAUGACUUUUUUUUUUUUAAAUGUUUCAAAUUUGAUUUAUCUAUGAAAAUGCUGGUAUAGGUCAUUCUACCUCUUGUUGCAGAUAAAUCAAGAUUAACUAAAAGGUGCCCUUCAUUGUUAGUAUGUAAAUUGAUAGGUUGCAGUUGCACUUAUAGAAAGAGAAUUCUUUUUUUUUUUGGGGUCAAUACAAGAGAAUUCAAUUUGUAAUAGCUGGAAAAUGUUGUUAUCUCUGGAUUGUGCAUAUCCAAUAAUGGAACAUUUUAGGCUGGAUAAUUAAUAAAUGGCUCUGAACCUUGCUCCACAUCUUCUCUUUUUCUCUCUAUGCAAAGACUUCUCACAUUAAAUGCUUGAGUAUUGACAAGAAUAUGUUUUUAUCCUUGAACCGAAUAUUUGGCCUUCUAGGGCUGCAUUCUAACUCUGUGAUUCUCUGGAAAAACAAGUUCAUGCAUUCUGAUUAUUGAUGGUACUGGUCAAGUUAAAAUCUAUAUGAACAUACUAUGACCAAAUGAUGUUCUAACUUCAUAGGUGGUUGUUGGAUUUUGUUAGAUGGGUACUUCUAAGACCCUUCAAUGAACUCUAAGUUUGAAAAUCUUCAUGUUCAUGAGAGUGAUGUGCUGUAAGAGAAACACUUUUCUUGCAUAAUAUAAUAGUAUAUAUAUAUAUAUAUAUAUAUUCUUUUUCAUGUAUUCUGCAUGACAAAAAACCCAUGCUGUCCUUUACCCCUAAUCAUGUUCAGUGGGUGAGAGUCUGUGCUGCGGGUAACAUGUUCUUUUCCUCCAAUCUUGUACCAUGGGUGAUGUGUGGAGAGGCUUGCAUGGAUUGAAGUUUGACAACAAGAGUAUUUGUUAUAUAUUCUGAUUUUGGAUUCAUAAUCAUUGUUGUUGAAUUCAGUCAUGGACUGAAAGAGUUGCUUCAGUUCAUAUCCUUUGGUAUGAGGUGGGUUUCUUUCCAAAUGGUAGUCUUGUUUGCUAUUUACUAUUUACUAUUUACAUGUGUCAUGCCACCUUUGGCAUGUUCUUUGAGACUGGGGAAUGGUGGUUUAAGGUUUUACAUCAUUUUAUUAUUGGAACAUUUUGGGAUUUUGGAUUUUAACUAGAGUGAAUGUUAAAGUGAUUGAAUAUAUAUAUGUGUGUGUGUGUGUAUAUAUAUAUAUAUACAUGCACACACUUUAGUUGUGAAAAUCCCUGAUGCCAUACUUGAUUUAGUUCAUAGAUUUUCAACUGAAAGAGUUUUGAUCAGAAAUAUCAAAAAUUUUUUUAUCUAUUCUUGAAAAGUUUCUACUAACUGAUUUCUUGAACAAAGUUGUCUAGCAUCAGUGUUGUGCAUUAAAUGAUUAUGGUUCUAUAUUUUAAAUGGCUAUGCCUUAGACAUUGAUUAUGCUAUUCUCUUAAUAAACUGUUUCAAUUGCAAUUUGUUGUUUAAAUAAAAUCCUGUUGGUUACAGUAGAACAUUCUGUUAGCAAUAUUUAGCAGCACGAGGAGCAGGGUAGUCCAGGAGUAAUGCUGAUGAUCUCCAUAAUACCCACUUCCUUUGUGAGUAAAAGCUGGAGGCUUGAGAAUAUUGAUGGUUACCAAUAUCACCUGAUUAUUGCGAGUGAUCCUUGCAUGGAGAUUGUAAUUCUAUAAUUAGGCAUUGAUUUGUCUUUGAAAGAUUUGGUAAUAGAAUAAUGAAUACAUAUAUUCUC